CUCCCGUUCCCCUCACGUGCGGCGCGACCGCCACCGCCGCCGCCAGCCGCCGCCGCCGCCGCCCUACGCGAGGUGACCAGGUCUCCAUCAUCUUCGGCGCCCUUAGCCGGCGAAGAGCACCCACCAGCCAGUUAUACAUCAGAUAGCAUCGUCUUUGCUUGCCCUCUUUUGCAUGCUCAUGCGGCCGAUGCUAUCGCAUUCUUGAAAGCCUUCCAUGCUGCCCAUCUGCGCAUACUGCUAUUUCUGCAUUUGUGCCUUAACAGCCGCUUACUCUGGGGUCCCAUUUCCCACUUGGAUGCCCAUGGCUGAACCAAAUUGCAGAUUAUUUUGUAUCAUUUUUUCUAGCUGUUUCUGUUUUUUUUCUUCCUAUCCAUACAUCAUCACUUUUCUCCCCCAAUAUUGUUGGUUCCUGUGCUCUUUCCAAAGUUUCCUUGGAACUUUAAGCUUUGGAAGAUGCCGAGGUGGACAGAAAAUGCUGCUUCCACACAACCAGCUGAAUCGGUCAAACAACAAGACCAUUUGGAGUUUGAUGAUCCUGAUGAGGUAGAUGAAGAGGAAGAAGAAGUUGAGUAUGAAGAAGUUGAGGAGGAGGUCGACUAUGAAGAGCCAGAGGACGAGUAUGAACAAGCUGAAUUUGCACGCCAAGUUGAUGCUAAACAUGACAGUAAAAUGGUGGAUGCUGAUAGGGAUGAGGAUGAAAAAGAGAGUCAUGCUGAACUUCUUUCUCUUCCUCCUCAUGGAUCUGAAGUUUAUGUUGGGGGCAUAUCUUCUGAUGUCUCUUCUGAUGAUCUCAGAAAACUCUGCGAGUCUAUUGGAGAAGUAGUGGAAGUGCGAAUGCCAGGAAAGAGUGGUAAGCUGUAUGCUUUUGUCAAUUUCAGAACUAAAGAGCUGGCUGUAAAGGCCAUCCAGAAGUUGAACAAUAAAGAUCUAAAGGGAAAGAAGAUAAGAGUUUCUUCCUCCCAGGCUAAGAACAGGCUGUUUAUUGGGAACAUACCCUAUAAAUGGACAGAGGAUAUUUUCAAAGAAGCAGUGGAGGAAGUUGGUCCUGGAGUUGUAAAAGUUAAUCUCGUGAAGGCACCACGUUCAGAUACGAACAAGGGUUAUGGCUUUAUUGAAUACUACAACCAGGCUUGCGCAGAGUAUGCUAAGAAGAAGAUGUCUACCCCAGAAUUCAAACUAGAUAAAAAUGCCCCUAAUGUCAGCUGGGCAGAUACUAAGAAUGGCGGUGAAUCUGCCUCUACUUCACAGGUUAAAUCACUAUAUAUAAAAAACCUUCCCAAGACUGUUACUCAAGAGCAACUGAAAAGGCUAUUUGAGCACCUUGGAGAAGUUACAAAAGUUGUUAUUCCUCCUGCAAAAGCUGGUCAUGAAAAUCGAUAUGGUUUUGUUCACUUCAAAGAACGAUCCAUGGCUAUGAAGGCUCUAAAGGACACUGAGAGAUACGAACUUGAUGGUCAUCUGCUGGAUUGUUCACUUGCAAAACCUCUUGCUGAAAAGAAGGAUGAUACGACAUCAGUACCUAAAGGAGGUCCAUUGCUCCCAAGUUAUACCCCACUUGGAUAUGGACUGAUGGGAGCUUAUAAUCCACUUGGAAAUGGCCUGGCAGGCGCUUACAAUCCACAUGGAAAUGGAGUGGCAGGUGCUUAUGGUGUGCUUGGUGCUCAAGCCGCACAGCCAAUGUUGUAUGUUCCAGGUGCUCCUCUAGGUUCAACUAUGAUUCCAAUGGUUCUACCAGAUGGUCGUCUUGUAUACUUACCACAGCCUGCAGGGCAGCAGACUGUGCCUAUGACUUCGCCUCCGCCACAGAAAGGUGGUCGUCAUAAUGGUGGUAGCACUGGUGGUGGAUCCAGCUCUGGUGGAAGGCGACAGAGGGGAGAUGACAGUGGUAGUAGUAACAGCAGCCGUAGGGGUCGGUACCGUCCCUAUUGAUGUUUGCAGUGUCUCUGUUAGCGCUUAGAAGUUAGAACCUAGUAGGCAUUUAGAGUAUCUCAGCUGCAGUACAACCAUGCAAAGCUACCAACUAAUGCUGGAAACCGUACUUUCUAGUAGUUAUUUUCGCUGCGCGUCUCGUGUCUGUAACACAAGCUGCUGUUGUGAGAAUAAUGACAGUGCAAAGUGGCAGAUGUAAUCUGGGAUGCAGUGGUAAUGUACCUGCUGUUGUAAGAAUAAUGUAUCUGCCAACUGAAACAUUGCUGCGCAAGAGGAUCUCGGGACUCGGGUGGCCCCUGGUGCAAUCAUUCUCAAGUAAUCUUUACCAUCGUGUUUGCAUAUAGAACUGGAUGGGCAAA